GACCGUUCGAGCCUCGGUCUUGCUCAACACUGUUACUCACAUUUGACCAUCAUCGCUCGUUGUGGACUUACCUCGAGUAUCUGACUGAUUGUACGAUGACAAAUGAGACAAUUGUGAGACUUUGAAAGGAGUCAAGCAUGUAGGUUGGUAUAGAAUGCGACAAGGCAUUGAAGUGCUCCUGUGUUUGACCAAACUCUAUUGUAAGGUGGCACGCGACGACACGAUAUCUGAGUCGUAUCCAUCACUGUUCUGCCAACCGUCGCUGGGUCGAGUGAGAUUGAGGAUGACAAGAAGAUUGAGUCACAUGGGGCCUUGAUCUAUAAAAUAUUUUCCAGCUUGCAGCUCACACCGACCCUCCAUCGCAGAAAUCCAGGACGGCUGAUUGAUUGCGAACAUUUCUCUGGCCCUCGAAUCGACCAUGUCGUUCGACAACUUACCCAAUGAGUUGUUGCUCAUGAUUAUUGAACCUUACAAGCGCUGUCACCAGCGAAGUCCCAGAACGGGUCAAGCUUCAGUCAGUAGUAUUGAGCAAGCGGAUAACACAAGACGUCUUGCUGGCUUCGCAAGAGUGUCAAAGACUUGGUAUGGCGUUAUUGCGCCUAUCUUGUACUCGACAUAUGUCAAGCCAGACAAUGCCUAUCACAGGUCUUCUCCGCCCAUUGCAACGCUUGCACCCUUGUAUGCACAGCCCAACAAGAACCUCAGACUAUUCCUUCGGUCCGUUAUCACAAGACCAAAGCUUGCAAGGGAUGUGAAGAAGUUGGUCCUGGGAUCUUGGGAUCAUACGAUGACAUGCUUUCAGUACAACGAUAUGCUAAGCUCGGCAUCCGGACUUGCGAACUCACUUCGACAAUCCUCUGUGGCGAUUCCUCCUGGCGAUUUUCUCCGCAGCGGUUACAAGGCCACCCUGCUCAGUCUCCGACUUACGCCAGCUCCCCCAUGCACGAGGGUGGCACAAUUCGUGACCAAUCUCUUUGGAGGUGAUGAAGAUGCCGAAGUGGGCUUGCUGAUCGCUCUGACACCAAACGUGCAUGAGCUCUAUCUCCGACAACGAGUCGAUCUGGGGCCCUUCUUCUGGCCGUUAUAUAAUGACUAUGGUACCAACUCGGCACUUACUGGUGCCUUGUCAAGCCUCGAUACGAUAACCUUGGAUCUCCCGAGAAAUGGAUUUUACCCUUAUCACAGACUCUUUAGUUGGUUGUUGAACGUAGAGUUCCUCUCAUCUCUCACCGUGGAAGGAUGCAAUACGGAAAUUGCGAACCUCAUUUCGGUGCUCGGAGGACCUCAACUGAGUCAUCUCAAUCUGCAAACUUGCAAUUUGAACGUACUCCAAGGAACCGUCCGCCUCAAACAUCUACGAUGGAUCGUCCCAGGGAAUGCCGGUUUUCGACCUACGUUUGAUGAAUGGAAUCGAUGCAAAGCUGUUUUGAGUCUUCAAAAAGACAGCCUCGAGUCUUUGCAUUUGGAAGGAGAUUACUUCUUGACCGGAGGCUUCGAUCGCAGCGAAAUUUCAUUCAAGGAUUUCAAGCGACUGAAAUCUCUGAAAAUACAACAGCAGUUUUUGUUUGGGUAUCAAAGGGCCAGUUCUCUUCUCUUGGACGACUUACUGCCCGAAUGUCUAGAGAGAUUUGAGGUGACGGUCUGCAUGUAUGACCUGGUCAUUGCGCUAAUGUACUCAUUGGCACGGCGCCGACACCGCACAAAACUGACCCAUCUUACACUGGGUCCUUUCUGGAAGUUGCCUUCUAUCUUGCUUUGCAGGUGUCUUAGGCGUCAAUGUGCUAGGACGGGUGUCAAGUUCAAAUUGGACGCAAACAUCAGGUUGGGCUGACCAUACGCAUACCCUACUGCUAUUUGGUUCGAUUGCGAUAUUGGCGAGGUGCUAGAUUCCUCCAGCUUCCGUCUUUGCAAGUGGGACAACUCUC